AUGUCUCGUUCGCAAGCAGAGGUGUCGCCGACGCCCUCCAAGCAGGAAGACGCCUUCGCUCGUUCCACCACUGCUGAGCUUUCGCCCGCCGACGAUGCUUCCAAACGACGCUUCGGUUUUGGCGCGCUCAGUGAAGACCUUCAGCAACACUGGCGUGUCUACCUUCUCGGUAUUUGUGCUUCCUUCGGCGGACUUUUGUUCGGGUGGGACACCGGCUUAAUUGGAGGAGUAUUGAGCAUGCCGGCCUUUCAGGAAGACUUUGGACUACAAGACAACCCAUCCAAGCUUGCGGCAUUGAAGGGAAACAUUGUGUCCGUGCUGCAGGCGGGAUGUUUUUUCGGCGCAGCUUCCAGUUUUUACCUGCCGCACCGCUUCGGCCGUAAGAAGGCGAUGCUCAUCUCUGCUGUCGUCUUCCUCAUAGGUUCCGUUGUGCAGACCGUCUGCCGUCUGCACGGUCAGGGCCCGAACGCAGCACUAAAUCAGCUUUACGUCGGUCGAGUCAUUGGCGGUUUUGGCGUCGGUCUGGCUUCUUCUGUCGUUCCCACGUACCUUUCCGAAUGCGCGCCUCGUUCAAUUCGAGGUCGACUCGCAGGUAUGUACCAGCUCCUCAUCGUCACGGGUAUCUGUCUUGCCUAUUUCGUCAACUAUGGCAUGGUUCAGAACUACCCAGACCAGACGUCUAGCGCUAUGUGGCAAAUUCCGUUCGCGCUGCAGUGCCUUCCCGGCGCGCUUUUUGUCGCGACCAUCCUUCUUCAGCCCGAGUCACCGCGAUGGCUCGUCGAGCACGGUCGCAGCGACGAAGCUCAACGUUCACUUGCCAGGAUCAACCGUGCAUCCCUCGAUGAUCCCACCGUCGUGGGUAUUCUGAACGAAAUCGAGAACGACCUCAAGGGCAAAGUCGGCCUCAGUAUUCGCCAGCAGUUCCGUAUGGCCUUCUCCGACCGAAUCACCACCUAUCGAGUCUUCAUCGGCGCCCUCCUGAUGUUUUUUCAACAGUGGACCGGUACGAACUCGAUCAACUACUAUAGCCCGCAAAUUUUCAAGUCUCUCGGCAUCACUGGUCAAUCCGGCGGCUUGUUGGCGACCGGAGUAUAUGGUGUUGUCAAAAUUGUGACGACUGCACUUUUCAUGGCGGUGGCAAUCGAGCAACUUGGCCGCAAAUGGUGCCUGAUCAUCGGCGGUCUUGUACAGGUCUUCUGCCUGUUCUGGGUGGGAAUCUACCAAGCAGUUCGACCAAGCGGAACGCCCGUGGAUGGAGUAGGCUAUCUAACCAUCGCGAUGAUCUAUUUGUUCGUCGUGGGAUAUGGUCUCGGUUGGUCUUCUGUCACAUGGGCGGUCAGUGCGGAAGUUGCACCGAACCAGCUCCGUGCACUCGCCAUGUCGGCUGCAACCAUGAGCCAGUGGUUCUUCAACUUUGUUAUCGCGCUCAUCACUCCCCGUGCGCUAGAACACAUCAAGUACGGCACCUUCAUCCUCUUCGGCGUCAUCACUUCCUUUGCUGUUCUCUGGGCUGCUUUCUUCUUGCCCGAAUCGAGCGGUGUCACCUUGGAGCUCAUGCACAGGGUGUUCGAGGGAAACAUCAUGUCUAGAUCCAUCCAAGAUCUGUCGCCCAAGAAGAGGAAGAUCUUCCGCGCGAGGCUCAUGGCCGAGGUGGGCGGUACAGCCGAUGCUGGCGUUAUUGCUGGUGGCAACGAGCAGCAGAGCGCUGCUUUUGCCACGCUCGACGAACAACAGUCGACUCUGAACAAGAGCGCCGAAGAGGAGAUCUUCACGGCUGAUGCCGUUUCGUCCAGUGAUCACGGCAAGAAGUGA